CCAUUGCGUUGGGGCAGCCUUGUCAGUGCGGUGGGGGGACCUUCCGCCGCAACCUGCGCCUCCGUCACUCCUCAGAUAGUGCCUCGCCUGCGCAUACCGUGCGAUCGUACGCGCAUAGCUCUACGGACUGUUUAUAAAAUAUCGAUUCAAAGUUAUUUGUAUGUUAUAACAGUGACACUACGAUGAAGUGAUUGAAAUGACUGUUGUGAUAUUUCUAUUAGAAUAAGAUGCUGCAGAUUAGCAGUUUAAUAAUGACUGAAGUAAUGAAAAAGGGCUUGGAUAGCAUUUUUGGCAACUAACAUAACAACAUGGAUGGUGUUAGAGUCACACACCAGGGUGUGAAAGCCCACACUCCUGAAGGGUCUGCAGGUCGGAUCACACAAGCUGGUCUAGCAGCAAGGAGUCCAGAGGGUACCGCGGCGAAAGCCAUGGCAAUUAAGGGCCACGAAGACCUUUGGGUUGAAAUCCAAGCGAACACAUUCCGAAAUUGGGUCAACGAAAACUUAAAGCCUAUGAAUAUAAAGGUAAUUGACUUAGUAGAAGACUUACGAGAUGGAACGGUGUUGUGUUCUUUGGUAGAAGCGCUACAGGGAAGAAGGUUGAAAGGUUGGAGUUCAAAUCCUACCAAUCAGCAUCAUAAACUGGAAAACGUUACCACCGCUUUACAGGCCAUCGAAGACGAUGGCGUUAAGCUUGUUAAUAUAGGAAACGUGGAUAUCGUAAAUGGAAACUUAAAACUCAUUUUGGGACUUAUUUGGUCACUAAUCGUUCGCUACCAAAUCGGCAGGAGCAAAUUCCCACCCAGAAAACUCAUGCUCUCAUGGCUCCAGGCCGCGCUACCAGAAUGUCGUGUCGGGAACCUCACUACUGACUGGAAUAGCGGUGUACUUCUAUCUGCUCUCAUCGACUACUGCAAGCCUGGAAUCUUCCCUAAUUGGAAGGAACUUAAUCGACACGAAGCAAUCGAAAACUGUAGAAGAGCAAUGAAACUAGCACAUAGAGAACUGGAUGUGCCCAUGGUCUUAGAGCCCGAUUAUUUGGCAUCACCUUGGCUUGACGAGCUAUCCGGCAUGACGUAUUUAUCCUACUUUAUGAAACCAGAUGCUGCUGGCGUUAAAUCAACUUUAGAAUGGGUUAACUCUCGUCUUGAAAGGCCUAUUACAAAUUUUACGACGGAUUGGAACGACGGUCGGGUGGCUAACGAGCUGGUGAGAUCGAUGGGUGGCCCCGCACCGCCACCGAGCAGACUUCGCCGUGAUCCAGCAAAAUGGGAAGAAAACUGUCAAAUGGCUAUCGAUGCUGGGAAGAAAUUAGGUGUUCAACCAGUACUAUCUGCAAAGGAUAUGAGUCAAAGCGACGUCGAACAUUUGGGGGUAAUGGCCUGGGUCACUCAGUUCCGGAACGUACCACCACGGCCGCCCGUUCACGACAUGUUACGAGUCGCUCUUGAUUCCACCUCAGGAAGAGUCGGAGAACCAACCUACAUCAAAGUGGAAAGUAUAACGAAUGAAUUAUCAAUAUCAGAUGUAAAAGUAUCAAUUGGCAAUCCACUGGAACAAGAAUCAAGAUUAAAAUUAGAUUCAAAAGGCGCUGGGGAAUUUAUUCCUGAACAUGCAGGAAUGCAUGAAAUUAUUCUUACUGUGGAUGACAUCAGAGUGGACGGAAGAUAUUUCUUUAGAGUUCUACCUAGAUUGGUAUCGGUCCCACCACCAGGCAUGGCUCCUUGUGCAGCUGGAAGCAUUGUUGAAGUACUAGUCAGCGCCACAGGUGCUCCACGAAGGGAAGACGUAGAUGUUACAGCCCAUUCACCAAGUGGUCGCGCUGUGCCAUUGAGGGCGCGACAUCCUCCACCGUCAGCUCCAGGUACAACUGCCUCGAGUGCUACAUUUCAGCCAGAUGAACCGGGUGUUUGGACUAUAGCUAUAACUUAUAAGGGAGAACAUAUUCAGGGUGGACCAUUCACAUGUGAAGUGUUCGAUCCUGCUGGUGUUCGUCUUAGUUCAGGUGCAUUGGAAGGUGCUGAACCUCUAAAGCCACAUUCCUUUGAACUGGAUACAACAGGUUGUGGAGUUAAGGGUGAUCUGCAGUUAGACAUUGUUCAUGAUAAAAGAAGCGUUAUGUGUGCAUUAGAAAAACUGUCUCCAACAAAGUAUCGCGCCACAUUUAUGCCCAAAGCGGCUGGAAAACAUAGAUUAUACAUUUACUUUAACGGCUAUGAUGUUCACGGGUCUCCCCACGUGUUCAGAGUUGGAGCACGAUCUAAAAAACAUCGCGAAAGUGCUAGCCCUUCACCAGCUUUUGCAAGAAUAUCUAGUCCGGUGACUAGAUUGAGAUCCGAAAGUCCUCACAAUAAUUUCAAUUUAUACGAAACGAAUACAAAGCAUAGUACGAGCUCAAUAGAUCGCCGUGAGGAGAGGCGGAAUUCAACGGACUAUUACAAAUCUUCUUUCGGUUCGGAUAUAAAAGAAAAAUCCUACGAUGUCACCGAUUCGUAUUCCAACGCCAGGUUGAACAAACGAGAUAAUUACAGUACAACAUACGAUUCAGAGAGUUCACGGAAUAGAACGGCGAGUCCAAUAACUUCAAAACAUUUGGGCAACGGAUCACGGCUCGAUUUUACUAGAUCAAGCAGCCCAUAUAGAGCUAGCAGCCCAUACCGGGCUACAAGCCCGAUCGGUCGGACGAGCCCGCUAACGAGGAAAGAUAGUCCUUUGAACAGAACGGCCAGUCCAAUUAAUCGAGUCGGUAGUCCCAUCGAUCGAUACAGUCCCGUGACAACGACAAAGAGGGUGGUAGAAAAGCGGUCGAACUAUAAAAUGUACAGCUCAUACAGCGGGUCUCAAGACAAUCUUGACCAAAGUAGCCCACUGUCCUCGUUAGAAACUGAUAGAGUCAAAAGAUAUGGAAGUCCAAACACGGGAGAUCCGGGAGGAAAACCAUAUCGUUCAAGAAACGACUCUUGGGAUACUGUUGAGACGACUAGAAAAAUGUUUAGCAAUAAUAGUCUAGAUUCAACUGGCGAUCGGUACGGACAAAGCACACUGGACCGCGAAACGCAACGCAACACGCAACUAAACAAGUUCAGCGACUUCUCUCGCGACUCUUUCAACCGUCACCUCGAUCGGUUGGUCGACGAGCGUGAUUCAGAUACCUACACAAGUCGUCAAGAAAUUACAAAACGCGAAGUUCGAGAAAGCUCUUACGUGGUCCGAGACUCGUCAUACAGCAGCGUGGAGGAGAAGCACCAACAACAGCAGUCUUUUUUAUCCAAUAGGCCCCCCCGCGACCCGAACGGGGGGGCCCGCACUGAGACGGACGCCGCACACGCCCGUUUCAGACAAAUUCAAAGGGAUAACAUUAAAAGUGCAAGAGGAGUAGUUAUAAAGCCUACUUACAAAGGAAAUAUCGGCCAGCCUGUCGAAUUUAUAGUGGACGCGAGUUCUGCCGGUCCCGGUCAACUCGAGCUCGAAGUAUCCGGCGGUAAUGGAACCCUAGUGGCCAGUUCGGUUCGACCGCUCGGCGGCCACAAGUACAUCGCUGCCUUCACGCCUCGCGUGCUCCGGCCGCACUCUGUCCGUGUCACUUUUAAUGACCAACAUGUACCUGGAUCUCCGUGGAAGGUCGAGGUGAUGGCAGGGCCCGCGGGUGGUGGCGGUGGGGAGCCCACGAGGUUGAUCCCUGCGCGGGUGCCCGCCGUGUUCGAAAUUUCUACUUCACCUGGGGCUCCUACGUUUAGCAAAAACGAGGUCGGUGUAACAGUGACGGCGCCAUCGCGUCGCCCCGUGACAGCACGCGUUUUAGACGUAGUGGAACGUCCUGGCGUAUACCGUAUCGAGUUCACACCAGAGGAAGUCGGCACACAUUUAAUCGAUGUUUCCAUUGGUGAAGACAAAUUAGCGGCAGGUCCACUUGUCGCAAAAGUGUACGAUGCAAGCCUUAUCAAAGUAACGGAUAUCGGUAACGCGCUCGUGGGACAGCAGUGUCAGUUUAGAGUGGACGCCAGUGCUGCGGGUGAAGGGCAAUUAGAAAUUUCAAUCAAUGAGGGAGAAGUCCCCAAUCAUGUACAAGUAGUGGGUGGUGGUCGCUGUUUAGUUUUCUGGAGGCCUGAAACACCGACGCCUCAUCGAGUUGACAUUAAAUUCAACGGAGAACCAGUGCCAUUGUCACCUUUUGUCUUUCACGUAGCUCCGGCUCAAAGAGUUAUCAUUGACACUUCACAAAUCGAACUAAUUCAGGUUGGAGAAGUGGCAUCAUGUUCUGUACGAGUAGAAGGGUCUGGUGGUGGCGAGCUUACAGUUACUGUUCGAGGACCCCGCGGCGAAGUGCCAGUGCGCCUCACAGGAGAAGCUGUUUCCGGGCUAGUGGCGAGCUUUACUCCAAAGCACGUUGGCCCUCAUACACUCACAGCCAAUUAUAAUAACCAGCCUGUGCCGGGUACCCCAUUUGUAUGCAAGGCAUAUGACAGCAAACUUGUAAGUGUCAGUAGUGGUGCUUCUGCUCGCAUAGGAGUACCUGUGCAGCUUGGUGUUGAUGCAGCACAAGCUGGAGAGGGAAACCUCGAAAUCACAGUUGCCGCAAGAGGUCUAAAUAUUCCAACUCAAGUUCAUCCACAAGGUAAUGCUAGAUUCACCGUGUCAUUUACUCCAACUGAGGCCUGUGAGCACAUUGUGAAUGUGUCCUUUAAUAAAAUGCGUGUCCCUGGUUGCCCACUUAUAAUUGACGUAUCAGAAGGUGGAGGUAGCGGUGCAAGAGUAACUUUACCAGGACCUGUACCUCUUCACCAACCUGCAUCAUUAACACUCCACCACCCAUCUGCCACACUGGAUCAAAUAGAAGUCAACGUUGAAGGUCCGAACGGAGCCUCAGUGCCGGCAGCGGUUGCGGCAGCCGGUGCGGGCACCUUUCGGGCUGAGUUCGUGCCCCGCGCUGUUGGAGAGCACCGACUAAACGUGCUCAUCGACUCCUUACCUAUACCUGCUAGUCCGUUUCAUUUGAAGGUAUAUGAUGUGACGGCUAUAAGAGUCAAGGAUGUCGCACAUGGUACAGUUGGAAAGCCAGUCACCUUUCUAGUGGAAACAAUGGCGGCUGGGCCUGGCAACCUUGAAGUCACAGUGAACGGUGGUCGCGUUCCCACCGCCGCGGCAGCUCAAGGAGCUCACACGUACGCCAUAAGCUUCACACCGAGAGAUCCUCGACCCCACACUGUGGAACUGCGAUUUAACGGCGAUCAUGUACCCGGCAGCCCGUUUGUAUGUCACGUGUCAGCGCCUGCACGGGUGAUUGGCGCCGGGUCUGGGGAAUCCCCCGACAAAGUGUCAGUGGGCGAUGCGUACACAUUCAGCGUUGACUCUCCGACGUCACCGCACGUCGAAGUAUUAGGUCCAGCUCGACGACCUGUCUCCGUUCAGGUUUCGGCUGAAGAGACAGUUGGUGAAAACGAACCGAGUAAAAGAUACACAAUAUCUUUCGUACCAGUUGACGUAGGUGAUCAUAGCAUCGAAGUUCGCGCUGGGGCAAUGGGUGGUCAUGUCGAAGGUAGUCCCUUCUUAGUGAAGGCUUAUAGUGCAUCUCGAGUGUCUGUUACGGAUAUAUCUCCUGGAGUCGUGGGCAGACCAGUUUCUUUUACCAUCAAUGCUUCCCACGCAGGCGCUGGCAACUUAGAAAUCAUAGUUGCAGUGAAUGGAAGAAAUGUGCCAAACUAUGUCCAAAGUGAAGGAAAUGCUAGAUUCAAGGUGAACUUCAAGCCGACGGAAGCGGCCCCGCACACGCUGUCGGUGCGCUUCAACGGGCACGCGGUCCCCGGCUCGCCCUUCACGUGCGCCGUGUCCGCGCCCGCGGCGGCGGCCGACGCGCGCGCCGCCGGCCCCGGGCUCGCGUCCGCGCCGCGCGGCCAGCCCGCCGACAUACACCUCACUGGCUUCCAUACUGGAGAACCAACAAUAUACGUGACCGGUCCAGGCGGUAGUAGCGUCCGUACCCGAGUCACUCCAUCGGGGGAAGGCCGGUAUACAGGAACAUACACACCUGAAGCAGUAGGACGUCAUAGCGUCCAAGUACAAUGUGCCGGAAGACCUGUGCCAGGCUCGCCCUUCACUUGCAACGUGUAUGACGUACGGAGGGUUAGGGUUACGGGACUUGGGCCUGGAGAUUUAGAAGGAACUGUUGAAGGUCUAAACCUGGAUGAGAGCGCCGAUGAGGAGCGCGGUGUGGAAGUGGGCAAGCCUGUCACAUUCAGUGUAGAUGCCGCUGGAGCUGGGGAAGGUACACUUGAGCUGGUGGUGUCUACGCCGUCCACUACUGUUAAAGCUGAAGUGGUAGCAGUAGCCCGCGGUCUGUAUGACGUCACGUUCAUCCCGGUGUCACGCGAACCGCACCGAGUCUCUGUCACGUUUAACGAACAACCAGUUCCCGGCAGUCCCUUCGUGUGUCGUGUCAGUGAACCUCACACAUACGUACAAAUAGGUGGAAUGGCAUCAAUAGAAAUAGACGAAAGCCUGUCUGAUGUCGAAGUCAUAUCUCCUGCCGGUUCACGUAUAUUCGAAGCGCACCUCGAAGACACAGGUCUCCUGACGUUCCCCGCUAACCGCGUGGGGAGAUACCUCGUGAGGGGCUCUAGAGGACCCAUAGCUGAGGUGGAAGCCCUGGACGCGACGGCGGUUAAAGUGCUGUCUAUAGGAGAUGCGGUAGCUCAUCGACCGGCGAUUUUAACUGUGAGCACGGCGGGCGCGGGCGCGGGGCGUCUGUCGGCGCGCGUGUGGUGCGGCGGCGCGGCCGUGGCGCACUCGGUGCGGCGGCGCGGCGGGGCGCGCAUGGAGCUGGUGUGGCACCCGUCGCGCGCCGCCGCGCACCGCCUGGCGCUGCUGUGGAGCGGCGUGCCCGUGGCGCGCGAGCCGCUGCUCGUGGACGUGCUGCCGGCGCACCACGGACAGGAGGUAGCAGCAUCUGGACUAGGACUGUACCAGGCACAAGUAGGAAAAGUUGCAUCGUUCAGCAUAGACACGCUAGGUCGGCCUGCGAGGGAAUUCGAUGUUGUCGUAUCUGGACCGGGAUCUAGAGCUCUACCAGUUAGGUGUUACCAGACAAAAUCUGGUUUAUUGCAAGCAGAAUACUCUAUUAACGAAGUUGGACAAAGCACAAUAGAAGUACUACACCUUUCGAAACCAGUCACCGGCAGCCCAUUUACUUGCGAAUCGUUCGAUCCAAACAAAGUUAUUAUAUCUGGUCUACCAACUGGUAAUAUCAUUGUCCAAACUCCCAUCAAUUUUACAGUUGACACGAAAGACGCCGGUGUUGGUGAAUUGGAAGUCAUUUGUGAAGCGAUGGGCGAAAAGCGCGUUCGGUUACCAAUUGACAUAAGAGAAGAUGGACACACGCAUAAAGUUCGCUUAAGACCCACAGUGCCUGCACACUAUCGCAUUUAUAUAACUUAUGGAGGAGCUCCGGUAGUAGGCAGUCCGAUUUCUCUCGGUGUUCUUAGCGGAAAAGCAAGUAUCGCAGCGCGUUGUUCCGGUACAGGGCUCGCGCAUGCGCACGUUGGGAAAGAGGCUGCUUUCACAAUACAUUGUGUGGAAGACGCAGCUCCCACUGUACAGGUUGAAAAGUUAACAGAUAGCAAGGAAGAAAAUACAGAUUCUGGAUUGCUGGAAUGCCGUGUGAUAGCAGGCGCGCCGAAGGAAUGGCUCUGCGCAUACAUCCCUCUAGUUGUGGGCUUGUAUGAAGUUCGGAUAUUCUCAUCAUCGGGACCUUUACCUGGAAGUCCAUUUUCUGUAAAGGUAAUCGACACAUCAGCAAUAGUUGCUGUGGGAGGAUGGGGCACUGACAACUCCGGCCGUGUGAGGGCGCCUUCUAAACUAGUCCUGGACACUAGUAAUGCGGGCCCUGGAACACUAGAGUGCUUACUAGCUGGCAGGCAUCAGCGCGUCGAGACGGUGUCAGGACGAGCAGUAGUCACACUAACAGCACCCGAAGGAGUUAGUGGGGAACAAGAACUGGAACUGACAUACAAUGGCGCGCUGGUAGCGGGGGCCCCAAGAAGAGCCCUCGUAGCGUCCGGGAACACCGCGGACAGAGUUACACUAGCUGGAAGGGGCUUGGCUCAUGCCGCUCCACAUACACCAGCUGUUUUUACUAUUGACGGGAGUGCGGCGGGCCCGGGCGCGCCCGAGGCGACGCUGAUGGCGGCGGAGGGCGAGGCGGUGCCGGUGGCGCUGGCGGCGGCCGGGCCGGGCCUGUGGCGCGCCUCCUACACGCCGCGCCGCGCCGGCGACCACCAGCUGCGCGUGCUGUGGGCCGGCCGGCUCGUCAAAGGCUGUCCUUUGACAGUCAAAGUAGUUGCCGGCUCAGAGAGCGGAGACGCGUCACGUGUGGUGUGCUCCGGGGCCGGACUGGCGGGCGGGGUCGUGGGCAGAGAGAUACGCUCCUGGAUAGACACCCGGCGAGCUGGGCCCGGGGAACUGACGGCGCACUGCACGGGACCCAACAAGGUGGCGUACUGCGAGCUGUACGAGCACGGCGACGGCACGUUCACGCUGAACGUGAAGCCGGCGGAGGCGGGCCGCCACGUGCUCAGCGUGCAGUUCGCGGGCGACCACGUGCCCGGCUCGCCCUUCGUGCUCAAGGUCGCCGGCGCGCCGGACCCUUCUAAAGUUCGAGUGUACGGUCCAGGAGUCGAACCGGGUGUACUAGCAACAUUCCAGUCCCGAUUCCUCUGCGACACGCGCGGCGCGGGCGCCGGCCAGCUGACCGUGCGCGUCCGCGGGCCCAAGGGAGCCUUCCGCGUUGAAAUGCGACGCGAGAGCCAAAAGGACCGCACUAUAUUAUGCAAGUUUUCACCCACCGAGCCAGGCGAUUACCGAGUGGAGGUGAGAUGGGCGGGGCGACACGUCCCCGGCUCCCCCUUCCCCGUCAUGAUCUUCGACACCCAAGAAGAACUACGUCGUUACCUACAAGCCACCGCGACCCCCUAACAACCCACAUAACCCAUAAUGCACAAAACUUAGUGUUACCAACAUAAAAACUAAAAGCAUUUCCUUAACAAAGUGACGUUCAUAAAAUAAUUGGUGAAAAAAAAGUAAUUUUUGUAAUUAUUUAGUCAUAUUUUUGUUAAUCAUUUGUCUCAUUUAUGGUUUUUAUUUCCUUUUAUGUUUAUUCAGUGAUUCAAUUCGUGUACGAGUCAUGAAGAACUUUACGUCAUAGGUAAUUAGGUCUACGGUAAUACGAAAAAAUACUAACAUUUUGUAUUUUCAUAUUUAUGUCAAGUCAAAGACUAUUUAACUUUACAUUAUAUUAUUAUAAAUAUAUUCUACAUUAAUACAAGUGCCUUAAA